AUGGCUUCAAAUGAACGCCGAUACGCAACAAAGGGCCUCCCUCCCCCUCCCAACGUCUCCGUCAUCACCAAGCCCAUGGCCGGCCUCCUGGUCGACAUCUACGGCUUACAAGAGCUCCCCCCCGCUCCCGCACCAGUAACAUGCCUGUGGCUUCUCCAUCCCCGGACGCGGUCCAAGGACGUCAUGAACGACAUUGCGCGGCGAGCCGUGCAUUCUUGGAACCAGAGCCCGAAGCAGAAGCAGCGGGGGCUCGUGGCGCUGGUGUUUGACAUGCCCAAUCACGGGACGAGGAUGGUGAGCGAGUUGGCGAACAAGGCGUGGGAUGAGGGCAAUGAGCAGCAUGCGAUUGAUAUGCUGGGCUUGGUGAAGGCGGGCGCGGGGGAUGCGAGUGGGUUGAUGGAUCAGGUGGCGGGGUAUUUGGGGAGGGAGACGGAUGCCCAUGUGUGUUUGGGUUGGAGUUUGGGAGGGCAUGCGGCGUGGCAGGCGUGGUUUGGGGAGGAGAGGAUGGAUGCUGCUGUGGUGAUUGUUGGAUGUCCUGAUCUUGCGGGCUUGCUGGGAAGUCGUGCUGCGGCAUCUAAGCUGGAGCAUGGCGAGGGAGGUUUCUUGGGUAGCAAGUAUUUUCCACCGGACACCAUUGCUACUAUUCGGAAGAGCGAUCCCAAGGGCAUCCUCUUCGGGACGAACCCCAUUCCCUCACUUCCCCUAUCGUCAGCUGAGCAGGACCGGCUGCGCAAGAUCUUGGACGGCCGUGUUCGGGGGAAGAAGUUGCUUUUGUGCUCUGGAGGUGCUGACGACUUGGUGCCGUAUGCGCAGGGGGAGCCGUUUAUUCGGGUGUUGAAGGGUGCGGUGGACGGGUGGUAUGCCGAUGGGAGCGUCGAGGUGGAUAAUCGGGUAUAUGAGGGCGUGGGACACAAGUUUGCGGCGGAUAUGGUGAAUGAUGCGGUUUCGUUUUUCGUGAGGGUUGUUGCGGAGGGGCCGAGGCAGAAGAGUGAGAGUAGAGCGAAGAUGUAG